AAACGCUGUCAUUGCGACCACUCACUCCGGCUUCCUACCAUCACCAUCGCUUAAUCCUCUGCCAGAAGAUUAGGGUUUAUUUUCUCCGACCAGCAAUUCAGUUCAGUUCAAUUCGAUUCGCCGGUGGUUGAAGGCUGGCUCUAUGUAAUUUUCUCUCCAUCUCUUCCGCCUUGCGUUCGUUUCGUUUUCUGAUGAGUUUGUACUGUUAUUGGAAUUUGGAUUGCGUUCAAAAUUGAUGCGGUUGAAACCCUAGUGUUCUGGUUUUCUUUUGAGAAGUUAUAGGCGGUGGACCGAUUGAUUGUUUCAUUUCUUGCUUUACUUCAUUCGGUUUUGAAUUUUUCUCCACUCGGUUGAGAUACCGUGACGCUUAAGUUCGCUGGUUAUUCGAAAUUUUAGUUUGAAUUUAGUGAUUUGGAUUAGAAGUACGAAAUGAUUUGUGCCCAGGGCUUUACUCCGUUAACGCAAUUUGGAUUUUCGUUUUCUUUAUCUUCUGGACUGAAAUCUGAGAGGCUUGGGUUUUCUGCUCCCCAAUUGUGUAGUCGUUCGCCGGUAAAUUUUUGCUUUAUGGUUUCUCGUAUUACUUGCAAUCACCAGAAUUCUACUUUCUCUGUUUCGAGAGCUGGUAAGUUUCGGGACCUAAGGUUGUUCAAAUCGGUUGAGUUGGACCAGUUCAUCACGAGUGAUGACGAAGAUGAAAUGGGAGAUGGGUUUUUUGAGGCAAUUGAGGAAUUGGAACGAAUGACGAGGGAUCCAUCGGACGUUCUUGAAGAAAUGAACGACCGCCUUUCGGCGAGGGAAUUUCAGCUAGUGCUGGUGUACUUCUCUCAAGAAGGUAGGGAUUCGUGGUGUGCUCUUGAGGUUUUUGAGUGGCUCCAAAAGGAAAAUCGGGUCGACAAGGAGACCAUGGAGCUGAUGGUGUCUAUAAUGUGUAGUUGGAUCAAGAAGUUGGUCGAGGGACAACAUAACGUCGGAGAUGUGGUUGACCUUCUCGUGGAUAUGGAUUGUGUAGGUUUGAAGCCCCAUUUUAGCAUGAUAGAAAAGGUCAUCUCUUUGUAUUGGGAUAUGGGUGAGAAGGAAAAAGCAAUUUCGUUCGUGAAGGAGGUCUUGGGACGCAAACUGGAUUUUAUGAAGGACAAUUGGGAAGGGCAUAAAGGAGGACCGAGCGGAUAUCUCGCAUGGAAGAUGAUGGUUGAUGGUGACUAUAGGGGUGCAGUGAAAAUGGUGCUGAAUCUCAGAGAAUCUGGAUUAAAGCCAGAGGUUUACUGCUAUCUUAUUGCCAUGACUGCUGUGGUUAAAGAGCUGAAUGAAUUUGCAAAAGCUCUUCGCAAACUGAAAAGUUAUGCCAGAGACGGGAUGGUGGCUGAACUCGAUAAAGACAAUGUUGAACUUGUCAAGAGGUAUCAGUCGGAGCUUCUAGCUGAUGGAGUACGGUUAUCCAACUGGGUGCUUGACGAGGGAGGCUCUUCGAGUCACAGGGUGGUUCAUGAGAGACUCCUUGCAAUGUACAUUUGUGCUGGGCAAGGUCUAGAGGCAGAGCGGCAGCUUUGGGAAAUGAAGCUUGUAGGUAAGGAGGCUGAUGCCGAUCUCUACGAUAUCGUGCUAGCCAUAUGUGCUUCACAGAAGGAGACGAGAGCAAUGAACCGGUUGCUUACCAGGAUUGAGAUUACGAGUCCCCGGCUUAAGAAGAAGAGUUUAACAUGGCUACUAAGGGGUUACAUAAAAGGAGGUCAUUUCCGUGAUGCUGCAGAAACAUUAGUAAAAAUGGUCAAUUUGGGUUUUCUCCCAGAGUAUUUGGACAGAGUAGCCGUGCUGCAAGGGCUUAGAAAACGAAUUCGGGAACCUGAAAACGUCGAGACUUACCUCGAUCUCUGCAAGUGUCUCUCUGAUGCUAAUCUAAUUGGACCCAGUCUUGUAUAUUUGCACUUACAGAAGUACAAGCUUUGGGUCAUUAAAAUGCUUUGAAGAAGCCUCGAUACCUCUCUGCACAGGCAGCUAAUAAAGUAGAGCAGAAAUCAUUUAUACAGCACCAGCACUUUUUUGGGUGCUUUUAUAUGUUGAUUUUGUAUAGUUUCAGGCAGGUGACUCUAGAAGCUCUUUAAGCCGACCCUGAAGACGAAUACUUGUGUAUAUCUGUAUAUAUAUAUAAUCAGCUACUGUGCACAGAGAACCAAUGUUACAGUGUAUAGAUAGAUUGUAUAAGGAAAUUACAUGUUCUGAUAUUCUCGCUUUGGUUUCA